CCGGCGCCUGCCCCCGCCCCGCCCGGGCCCGGGCUCGGCGCGGCCCGCCGCAGGGAGGAUGGGGCAGCCGCGGAGCGCGGGUAACGGCAGCGGUCCGGCGGCGCCAUGACCGGCGAGAAGAAGAAGAAGAAGCGGCUCAACCGCAGCGUCCUGCUGGCCAAGAAGAUCGUCAUCCGCGACGGGGCCAGCCGACAGGGAAUUGGAGAACCCAGUGUGUACCAUGCAGUGGUGGUUAUUUUCCUGGAAUUUUUUGCCUGGGGUUUACUGACCACUCCUAUGUUAACGGUCUUACACCAGACUUUUCCUCAGCAUACAUUCUUGAUGAAUGGUCUGAUUCAUGGAGUCAAGGGCCUGCUUUCUUUUCUAAGUGCCCCACUGAUUGGUGCUCUCUCUGAUGUCUGGGGCAGGAAAUCCUUCCUCCUGCUCACUGUGUUCUUCACAUGUGCACCAAUUCCCCUUAUGAAGAUCAGUCCAUGGUGGUAUUUUGCUGUCAUUUCCAUGUCUGGAGUCUUUGCUGUCACCUUUUCUGUGAUUUUUGCCUAUGUUGCUGAUAUCACACAGGAGCAUGAACGCAGCACAGCAUAUGGCUUGGUGUCAGCCACAUUUGCUGCUAGUCUGGUCACAAGUCCAGCAAUUGGUGCAUACCUUUCCCAAGCCUACAGUGAUACACUGGUGGUUGUGCUAGCUUCAGGUGUUGCUUUACUGGAUAUUGGUUUCAUCUUGCUGGCUGUGCCAGAAUCUCUGCCUGAAGAGAUGCGCCCAGUCUCCUGGGGAGCUCCUAUCUCUUGGGAGCAAGCAGACCCUUUUGCUUCCCUGCGGAAAGUGGGUCAGGAUUCUACUGUACUGCUCAUCUGUAUCACAGUCUUUCUCUCCUACCUUCCUGAAGCCGGCCAGUACUCCAGCUUCUUCCUCUACCUACGACAGGUCAUUGGUUUUUCCUCAGAGACUGUAGCAGCCUUUAUUGGUGUAGUUGGAAUUCUCUCUAUACUGGCCCAGACAGUAGUAUUGGGGAUUCUCAUGCGUUCAAUAGGAAACAAAAACACCAUCUUGUUGGGAUUAGGCUUCCAGAUCCUGCAGCUUGCCUGGUAUGGCUUCGGAUCACAGCCUUGGAUGAUGUGGGCAGCAGGAGCUGUGGCUGCUAUGUCUAGUAUCACGUUCCCAGCCAUUAGUGCCAUGGUGUCUAGAAACGCUGACCCUGACCAACAGGGUGUAGUUCAGGGGAUGAUCACUGGAAUUCGGGGUCUAUGUAAUGGACUGGGGCCAGCUCUCUACGGCUUUGUCUUCUAUCUCUUUCAUGUUGAGCUGAAUGAAAUGGCUGAGGUGGAAACUUUAGGUAAAGCCCCAAAACCCAACAUGGCCAACCCUACAGAUGAGAGCAGCAUUAUCCCAGGACCUCCUUUCCUGUUUGGGGCAUGCUCUGUCCUGCUGUCGCUCCUAGUGGCCUUGUUCAUUCCAGAACAUAACCUUGCACUGAGAUCAGGCAGCCACAAGAAACAUAGCAAUGGAGCCCAGACUCACAGUCCACAGGCUGGAGGAUCAGAUGGCAAGGAGCCCCUGCUUGAGGACAGUAGUGUAUGAGGGUGGGAGAGAAAAGCCUGACUUGUGUCUCAAUUUCAGAUCAAGAGUGGACUUAGACAGCUGGAGUUUGGGGAGAGGAUGGGGAAGAGAAAUGAGGUAAUGAACUGUACCAUCAACAGCUAAUGAGAAGGGAAAUGGUUUCCCUUCAAGUCAAAUAUAUCAAGCUGGUGCAAAAAUGGAAUUGUAUCAUCUGGUGCUGAUGGAAAAGGGAGAUACUGAAUUGUACAACAUGCAGGAAUGGUUCUUUAAAGCAAACCUGCUCUUGUAUGAGAAUACUGAACUUCAUGGUGUGACCUGCCAAAUACUCAACUUGCCAGUGAAAAAUUAAGGAACUAGCUUUGUCUUUGUUCUAAUGUGAACUAACUGAUCUGCCAGCAAGAAUAAAACAAGGCAUCUGUUACAUGCCUCCAUCCCCUUACGUAAUUGGUACUUGCUACUCGUGUCAUUGCAGCUCAGUUGGCAAACCUUCUCAGACCUGGGAGGGGUUGAAAGCUGUGUUAUGCAGUAUAUGUAACUUGUACUGUGAUAAUACACUAAGAAGAAAGUGGUGCAUGUAUGAAGAAUAGGUAGUAUAGUCAGCAACUUCGAGUAGAUCCUCACUGCUUGAGGAUCUGAUGAAUUUGUCCAUUCCAGCCCAAGUGAAACUCGGACAAAAAAAAUAAAUAAAGACUGCUCUUGUGAUGAAGGUAACAAAAGUUAAAAAGGAAAGUUGCAACUGACAUUGUCCUUAGUUCACAAAGGAGAAUGGGCAGAUGGCGGAAAGGCAAUUAUAUGAAUUACAAAUGUUUAGAUGGUUGACAGCAUUUGUGUUUCUGGUUGGGCUUGUGUUUUUUUUGUUGAUAAUUACAUUAAGGUAACUCUUAUCUGCAGUUACCUCCAGGAGCAAAUUGAAAGGUAGUUUGGUAUUGACUUAUUUAUUUAUUUAUUAUUAUUUUUUUUAGAAAUCUUUCUGGAACUGGAAAGGUUAUUUAGAAAAUAUAGUUGCUUGAGAGAUUGGAGAAAUAACUAAACUCUGCUAAGCACUUUGAUAAAGCAUAGUUUCCUGCGAUGGUCAGAGAAAUAAUUAUCAGCAGCGCUUUUAUAAAGUAUGCUGUUUUGUCUUUUUUUCUCCCCGUAAACUGCUGCCAUCUGAUGUUAAAACCAGAUAAUAACUGUAGCGUGUUUUGCUCACUUCAAAAGAUCCUGAUGGUGUUUACAAUUGACUUGAACUUACAGGUUUGGAUUCCAUGUAGCAUUUCUGAGCCUACUGUGAACACUUUCAUUUUAUUAAAAAAUGAAAUUGCAGCCUCAGCUGCAGGGUUCAGCUCAGUUUAGAAAGAGUAGCAGAUACUUGAACUUGAGUAUUGUGGAAGAAGCUAAGAGAAAUGUAUAUGAAAGCUUUGUUGUUUAUAGAUAUAUAGAGGUAUUGUGAAGUGGGCAGGAAACAAUUGUUCUCAUUUGAGUCAGAUCAGAAGUAAUGGGGUUGAGCAAUCACUGGGGAAGUAAAGACCAAAUUAGGAACACUUAAAUUAGUUGCUAGGGAGAUUGAGAAUGCAAUCGCCAAAAAUAGUCCUGCCUCAGAGUGGAAUAUAUAUGAGCUGUAUAGUUCUCUGAAUGGGAUCAUUUUGGGGGGGAUUUGUGACAGAUAAUUAGGGGAGAAAAACUAAAAGGAGUACUGAGUACUGUCAUGAAUGUCUUUUUUGUGAAUGAGAAAUCACGGCUGAUGUUACGCCUAUGUAGCAGUGAUCACAAAUGCCAUUUGGCUCUGGAUUUAAUGAAAAGUACCAACUGGGCAACCCUGAAGAUUGCAGUGCCCUGACUCACAACAGCCCAAGUGUGGCGACCAGCACAGCAAAACCCCUGCUCUGCCCUGAUCGUGCAGCUCGCAUCUCUCCUACAGUGUCCUGCAGCUUCAGGAGAGUGAAGAGACAUGGUCUCCAGGAUAUGUUCAGCUUCUGACCUCUUCCAUGAGCUUGUCAGAGCAGAAACUGGUUAAUGUUAACAUUGGAUGGAUUGAGAUCUGCAAUUUCAUGUAAGUCACUUAAAUAUAGCCCAUUGGGCUAUAUUAACAGCUUGAGAUCCCUGCUUGCCUAGGCUGGGCUGAACUAAUAACAUAAUGGACAUUUACGUUUUCUGAACCAGUUAGUUAUUGGGGAUGGCCAUUGAAAUGAAAUAAUUCAGAGUUUAUUUAGUUUUAAUCUUGUCUGGUACUUGGAUCCUGUAAUCAGAACUUGAAGUUAAUUCUUGUCUGUGUGGAGGGCAGUUACCUAGAGCAAUCUGAAGAUACGAAGGUUUGCUAAUUGCAGGAUUUGAGAACAGAGCUAGCAAGAAGUUUCACUGACCUACAGUGACUCUAGUUUUCUCAAGCGUAUUUUGGUGGUGCCUAAUAUUUUCAAAUAUUCCUGGGAUAGUCUGUACUGUGUAUGCACAGCAUACUCCUUUCCUGAAGGAAAUCUACUCAUUUAAACUUCUACACAAUAACCCCAACUCUACUGCUCACAGAAAUGGCUUUUUUUUAAACUGAAGCUUUACCAAGUAAAUCUGCCAAUUCAUUUAUUUACCCUAUGUAUGAAAAUCAACUGAAGUACUUUCGUCCCUCACAGAAAAAUGAACUGAAACAAAACACUGAAUCAUUACCUCAUUCAUACUGAGGCACUCAGAACUUCACGGGUAAAAUAGAAUGUUACAAAGGAGACAAACAUAAUUUAUAUAAUAUAAAUUAUAUAUAUAUAUUUUUAAGGGUGUUUUCCUUUAUUUAAUAGUUUAUUAAAACCAGUGUGUUUCUAAUCCAAUUCCCUUUCACCACUGCUGCUGCCUGAGGCUUCUCAGCCUUUUGUUCCUCGGACCGUGGAGCUAACCAGGCGAGUUUCACUUCUUGGUCCUCUUCCAUCAUGAUGUGAUACCCCAGUUUCCAGUAACACUUGAAUUCCUCAGGUUUGUUACUAGUUGAUCUAAGUGUUUUAGAAUACUUCUCAAGUCCUUGGACUUGAGGCCAGAGGAUGUAAGCUAUUUUACUGCAUCUUGGCUGCAGUCUGGCCGUUCAUGCAAGGCUCUGAAGAAGCUGGUUUAUUCAGCUGUCUGAUCUGCCCUUGAAUGUCUUCAGUAUACCGCUAUCUGGGUGAAGGGAGCACAAUUAUAUGUGGUUAAACCAGCAGAAGUUACACUGUGGAUGCUGAUAUCAGUGUAAAGGUGGCAUGCUUGCAUAGCUGUCCUCAGCUGUGCUGGUGGGGGUGAUCUUUCACUGAUAGUGCAGUUCAUGCUGGAGAAGCUGUGUUACUUCAAGUCUGGACAGCCCAUGGCAGGUGUCAGACAUGGGUAAUGACUGCAGCAUAGUGCCAUACUCUGGAAACUUGAGUGCCACGUGGUGACAGGGUGGCUUGCAUUCCUCCAAAAUUCCACUUGUUACUGGCAGUGGAAGUGGACAGUGAUUUGUUUCCAUGUGUUUGGAAUUUUUUUACAUUGUUUGGUGGGAGAAGCCAUCUUAAAUAAAAACUCUCUCCCCCUUACGCAUAGGGAUGUGACCCACCAUUCUGCCUUUUAAGUGAAAAAGGACUUGGGCUAAGCUGUGAAGGAGCUGAAAUUGCUGGACCUGAAUGAAGAACAUCACUGUUCUGAAGGGCUGGUAAUUUUGCAGCAUUCCCUGUGGAGACUGGAAAAUCUGUAUAGAGUAUUCAUUUAGUUUUGCCAAUUUUUGUUACUUUAUAAGAAAAUGUAACUUUUUAAAAGCCUGUUCUUAAAAUCCCCACGAUGUGCUGAGUAAUGACUGAUCCUGGCUGUGUAACUUCUUCCCAUAAUUUGUCUGCAGUGGGUUAUAAUUCAGGUCAGUAACAGCAAUGCCCCAAACAUAAGGCAAAAAUUGGCUUAAUUGCCCUUCUUCUGCAUCUCUAGUAUUAAUUGCAGCAGUUCAAGUAAUGCAACAAGAUCAGUUUUUAAAGAACAAUGCAUUAAAAACAUUCACCAUUACUUUUGCAAAAUAGUAACUUUUUACUUCCUUGGAUUUUAUUCUUUUCUGUACUUGAAUGGCUGUAGCAUCUUUUGGUUAUUCUGAAAAAAGCACGAGCAUGUGGCAAGCCCACAUUCAUUGAAGAAUGGCGGUACCUCUGCUCUUCAGUUAAAGCUUUACACUCGUGUGUGUUUCUGGGAGUUUUUUUUUUUUUCUUAAACUCAUGAUGAAAUGUAUUUAUUUUACUUCAAUUUGUGUUUUAGAACUGGCUAAUUUCUCCCUCUGAUGGAUCAUUUAUUAAAGUGCUACUUUCCUGUUGUGGUGAA